UGCCAAGACACCAGUAAUCUGGGCUGGAUUGGAUCUGGAUUUAGUUUUAUGACUUCUCAAAUUAUCGAAUCGAUGACUUAUGAAAAAUUCUUAAUAGAGCGUCUACGUUGGUUCUCCUAG